AUGGCGAUGCAGACGGGAAUCUCCUCCUCCAAGGUCCUCAUCCUGAUGGGAGCAGGUUGGUCUCAGUCUCAUAAUCCGCAAUUCCUUAGGCUGGAAGCGGGGAUUGCAGGAUUCGAUCGUCCUCGCGGGUUGCUGAUUGGCUUAGAUUUUCAUUUUCGCCGUUUCUGGUUUCAUCUGUGGACUGGUGCUUUCUCCCUCCCAGUCGAUAGUUGAUGGUUAUAAAUUCUCUAGGUCUAACUGGCUCUGUUAUAUUGAGGAGCGGUCGGCUAUCGGACGUCAUAUCGGAGCUUCAGGUAAGUGCCCAAAGAAAUGAGUUGUUUUGUCGAAAAUUUUCUUAUUCCAUCAGAAUGAUGAACAUUUAACACAGGACUGGUAUAGAAUUAAAUCUCAAAUAGGUUACACCUUGUAAACUUAUGCAUGAGGGAAGUGCUCGACAUUGAUUGAGCAAUUUGUAAUCAAGGAUGAUGAUCGCGUGGAAUUUUCUUCUCGGUAUACCCUGACAUUACUAAAAUAUAGAUGAAAAAAGAAAUGGAGUGGGAAAGUCAGGUGAAAAUCGGGGGAGCCUUGCUUGCUACCUCAAAACAGGAAGGAUCGGCGUCUAAUCAUACAAAGCCAUAAUAUAUCGGGGAAAGGGGUGAACACGACCUAAUUUCAGAAUUUCGUUACUCCAUGAUGACGACGAAGCUCGAUUACUGAGAACCACUGUGUUCCCUUGUUAUGCAGUUGAUAUCACCACUUCCCCACUGUAUCAAGUGUCACUGAUGUGAAACGUGAUAUCCUGAAGCGAAGGAGGAUAUGUGACGGAUUAUGCUUUGAUAAUUGUUUCUUGUUUUCUUUCCCACUCUUUAGACUGUAGUAGCAUUAAUAUCAGUUAUUUUCUGUAAAUCUAAUUCAAUGCACAUGGUGAACUUGUUUCAGGAAUUAAUAAAGGGAAUAAAUGAAGUAGAAAUAUCUUCUCACUAUGAUAGUUCUCUUCUUGCAGCUCAGGUAUUCCUUCUAAUAGUUCGUAAGAAACCAGGUGCUAUUCCAGCUGUGUUGUAUUUAUUUUAACACGUGAUGCUCUUUCUUCCUUCUUUUUCUGAAAGGUUCGCCGUUUGGCACAAGAGGUUCGAGAUUUGACAUUAUCUCGGCCGAUAACCAUUGUCAAUGGACACCCUUCUCCCAGUGGUAUGUGUAGAACACACGCAUCAUUGCUUUACUGAAACGGCAAUCAGGAUAUGUUUUUAUCAUACUCAUUGUAGGUAGGAAAAGACUGAUGAGGAUUCCUUUGUGUACUAUUCAAUGAUUUGUCAUUUACGACUGAAGUUUAACUAACUGUGGGUCGGCCACAAUUUUUUUGUCUAACCAGGAAAUUUGGGAUCUUAUGUACUGCCAGCAGCUGCACUUGGUGCUAUGGGUUACUGCUAUAUGUGGUGGAAGGCAAGACUCUACUAUCAAUAACCUUAAGAGAAACAUGAGUAUUUUGGUUUACUGGUCAACAGUUCAAGGUUUUUAAUCUCCAUAUGGUAAUUUCGUUUUUCAAUGACCACUUUAAGCCUGAUUUUGGGUGGUGAGAUAUAAAUGGAAUAAAAUUUAGUGAACGAUUAACUUUCCAUUAAUUAAUGUCAUUGUAAAAUUCUCUGACAUCUAUACGUGGUCUAGUGUCUUACACAGGUCAAUUCAUUUACGGUCUUCAGAGGAAUGCAAUUUAGUUUAUGUCUAAUGCUUCUUGCCCAUUGUCUGGUCUUGUCAUAUCUACAGGGCUGGUCCUUCUCUGAUGUUAUGUUCGUGACCAAAAAUAAUAUGUCCAAUGCUGUCGCAUCUGUAUCAAAACAAUUGGAACAAGUGUCAGCAGCUGUAUCUGUAAGUUUCAGCAAACGCAUUCGAACUCAGAGGCUAAUAAGCUAAUCUAUUUCUCCUUUUCUGUGCAUGGUUGCUCAUUAUAUUAUUUACGUUUCAGUCAACAAGACGAUAUUUGACUCAGAGGCUUGAAAUUUUGAAUGAGAAAGUGGACGAUCAAGCUGAGACAUCGAAGGUCAUCUUGAAUGAGGUUGGUAGAAGGAGAAGGCUUAUUAUUUUCUACGCUUCAAUUUUCAAACUGAAGGAUACAAUGCGAUAUUGGGGAUUCAUUAUCCACUUUAUCUUUUUGAUGGACUAUUUAGGAAGGUUACUUAAUCAAUUUCAUGUCCAGGUUGACACUGGAUUUUGUCGUUUACAUGCUGAGGGAACCUGAAUGGAUGAACAAGUUGAAAAAUUGUCUUUUUGAGCCUGGGAAAUUUUUUUUUACUCCAUGGUCGGAAAAAAAGGGUUUUAUGCUUUCAAAAAUAUAUAUUUUAUUUAUUUAUUUAUUAUUAUUUUAUCCUCUUUCUAGUUUUUAUUACUUCUCAUCAUUCUUUUUGUCAUUACCUUAGUUCAAACAUCCCCCCUCUGUGGAUCCUGAUAGUAGCAGCAGGUACUUUUAGGCCUCAUCUGGUGUGUGCUCUGCUUGCGUCAUAUAUGUUAGAGAAGAAAAAAAUAAUAGUUCAUAAAUAUCAUUCGUGGUGCGAACUGCUUCCCCCCACUAGCGAUACAUCUUAUUCUGCAAGGUGUGUCGUAUAAAGUCAACAGGAUCUGUUGGCAUGCUGUUUUAGUCCAAUAGUAAAUAACGUAGCUGGGCCUGGAAUUGCAGUAGACCCCUUGUCCUGCAUCAUUUAAUGAUCAAUCAAUUGUCCAGAUCCUUGUGACCCGAGCUUCCCUGGUUCAGAAGACUUGACCUUUUAUCAUCAAGUCAUGCAGUUUGAAUAUGGACGAUUCGUUCGUGUGAAUCCUGAUUUCUAUUGCAGCUGAAUAACUGAAUCAAAUCUAGCCCUCUAUAUGUAAUACUAUGAUAUUCUCGAUGACUAGUAUAUGCAAAUACCAUUAAGACUGAUGGAGUUCGACGCAGCGAAUUUCAUUCAUUAGACUGGUCAGUAAUUUAGGUCAACUCUGCCUUGAUGACACCAAUUAGUUUUGACUGUUCUACCAAAAAUGAUGCAGGUGAAUGAGGUCAAAUCCGAUCUUUCUCAAAUUGGAUUCGACAUCGAGGCCAUUCAUAAUAUGGUGACUGAUCUGGUGAGCUGCCAGAGGUCCACAUCUUUGUGUGCUCCUGCGAUUCAUGGGUACUGCGUUUCUGAUCAAUUCAUGAUUUCUUUCUCGUGAUGAUGAACAGGAAGGGAAAGUUGGUCUCAUUGAAAGCAAACAGGUUCUACCCUUUUGCAAUGAUCUACAGUCAGACAGACGCUGUGAUCAAUGGAUGAAGUCGGAUCUAAUAAUUUUUUAUUUGUUUAUAAUUCGAUAGGAAUAUGUAAACGCCGGCAUAUGGUAUCUUUGUCAAGCCACCGGAGCCGUUAGUGAUGGGCAGAACGCUAAGCAGCUUCAGGUUUCAGCUUCUCCUUUCUAUAUUUCCUUCCUCCGAUGGAAUCAUUAGACGUCCUGCUAAUUUCUACUCGCAGUGGCUCCCUCUCUCUCUCUCUCUCUCUCUCUCUCUCUCUAUUUCUUCAGUAAUUGCCAGGUCUACUUGUUUCUCUCUCCUCUGUCAGUCAACUAUGCAUUAUUCAUUAAGAAAUAUAUUGCUCCAAAUUUUUCUGAUUUAUUAUCAGGGAAACAAGUAAACCUGGCAAUUACUGAAGAGAGAGAGAGAGAGAGAAGCACAUGGAUGAUUAAUGCACAGCCACGUGACAAGUAGAUCUCUGCACCCUUUAUAUGUGGGCCGAAGUGGUUUUUCUGUGCAUGCAUUAAUUCUCCCUCGUGUCGCCAUUCUCCGAAGAUUAUUAUUCCCAGUUCAAGUGGUAUUAUAAUAAACUUAUAAUAUUAAAUCAUGCCAAGAACCUCACGCCGCAGAUUACUUCCCUGGUCAAAUGAUUUCUCCUCCCCCCUUGCAGGAUGUCGGGUCAAAGCUUCUACUCGACCUCAACCAACCGCCGUCAACCUUCUCCAUCGCACCAGUCAAGGUACCCCCCAUCAUCUAACUCACUAGAACACGAAGAUUUCCAUACAUUUCGAUCAACCAGCUCACUGUUUUUUCUUCUUCUUCUUCUUUAUUUUCUUUUUCUCUGACAUAUUUGGACUCACUAUUGACUUCAAGGGUCUGCAAUGCCUCACUGAAGCUGUUGACCCGGUGGAGCCGGGUAAUCUGAAGCAGAGCUCCAUACUGAAGAGAGGCUUCUUUGCAUCCUCUGCAGGAAGCAUCCUCUCCGAAACCAUUACCUCUACUUCUAUAUUACACAAGUCUCAUCCCAGAGAAGGAAAUCUCUAUUGGUAG